CACCUAUUUGAAGUUAUGAUUAAUUUGUGUUGUAAAUAUAUUGUAGCUCGUUGAUUGAAAAAGCGUUUUGUUUAUUUAUUUUUAACGUUAAAAACAAAAAUGGAUAUCAUAUUUCAUGAGAAGCAAGACGGUCGUUUGUGUGCUCAGCAUUGUCUAAAUGCUUUAUUGCAAGGCCCAUAUUUUUCUGCAGUAGAAUUAAGUAUAAUAGCAAACAAGCUCGAUGACGAGGAAAGAGAACAGAUGGCUGAGAACGGAGUUGACUCUGAUGAAUACCAACAAUUUCUCCAACAGCCCUCUAAUAAUCUAGAUGACACUGGCUAUUUCUCAGUUCAAGUUAUAAGUAAAGCCUUAUCCCUGUGGGGAUUGGAUUUAGUUAACUACUGGAGCAGUGAACCAGAAGCCCUAAGCGCCCGUGCUGAUCCUAGCAUGAUGAACGCAUUCAUUUGUCAUCACCAAAAUCAUUGGUUUUGUAUCCGAAAAUUUGGCUAUGAGUGGUUUAAUCUUAACUCUUUACUCUCGGGGCCUAAAUACAUGAGUGACACUUAUCUUGCUGAAUUUCUUAACGAGUUGCAAUCAUCAGGGUACACAAUAUUUGUAGUGUCUGGAGUUUUUCCACAGUGUGAUGCCGAUAAAUUAGUUAAUGAAACACAACUCUCCCUUAGGCCAACUAUAAAUAUACCAUUGGAGCAAUCACCUAUUGCUAUACCUAAUGGUAAAGAGCAUAUAAUUCCGAUAACGUUAGAGACUGAUCAACCUGUAGCUCACACUACGGAACAAGAAUCUGUUAUUUCUUCAGAUGAUGACGAAGAUUUGCAAAAAGCAAUUUCUCUAAGCUUGCAAGGCGAGAAUAAUAGUUUAAAGGAAAUUAUACAAAUACAACCAAUCCCGACCGAUGAUGAGGAACUACAGUAUGACAUUGACAGCUUUCAUGUUUUUUUUUAUAUAUUACAAUUGCAGGCUGCCUUAAGAUUGAGUUUAGAAUGUUUUUCCAAUCCUGUAACACCUGAUCCGAUAGAGACUACCGAUUGUAAUCGAAUGAUCCGCAUUGAAUCAGAUGUAAGCAGCGCUCAAAAUAUGAUAAAAGAUUAG